CAUCGAAUGGCUCCUCCACCGUGGUGCCCCAAUGAUACGUUCCUGGUUAGAAAAAUGACGAAGGCGCAUGCUUGAGGAGCGGAUGACUUCGCGGCCACGUGACCAGUCUCUUUGGCACGAUAUGUGAUCCGCAUAUGUGUACAAAGAGAAUUCCUGAGACAGCACGACGAGCGUCACUCUAGCUACGUGUCUCUUCGUCGAUCAGCCACGAACAGCAGGGAGAGACGAGAACUGGCGUCCAAUUAAUCUCUGGCAAGUAAAAUGGCAACGUCAGAAAGUGACGACUUCGAAAGCGCUGACGAGGAAUUGGACAACCUUUCGGCGCCAGCUAAGCGCGUUUCUCCACGUAGAGCCCGGGCCGUCGUCGACUCGGAUUCGGACGACACGGACUGGACCUCCUCAAAGAUUGACCCCUCCUACGGAACCCUGGGCACAUCUGACACCAAGAGAAAACGCGCCUCUCCAACCUUCCCAAAACACAAACCAAGCUCUAUUCAAGUCAGCUUGAAGAACCUAGAGAGCGAGGGUAAGUCUGACGACACCGUUGACCCGAAACCAGCUCUUAGCCAACCGCCGGCGGUAUCGCAAGCUGGGAAAGAAGCGCCGUCGGAAUCGAAUACGUCCCAAGAUUUGUCGGUACCUGAUGAGAAGAAGCCAGAGCCUUCGAAUGAAACUGGAAAAUCAGACGGUUCUGUACUACCGCCAAAAACUAAGGAUGAACGUCAAGCCACUUCUGAGUUGUCGACAACUGCCAGCGGGAAGGAUGAGGUAGAAAAACCAGUCACAGAAACCGUCAGCAGACCGAAAAGGGAGAGACAGCAGAGACAGCAAAAGCAACGGGAGCCUAGGUCUCUCGGGGAAAAGAAACUGGGGUCUAAGAUCACCUCAGAAGAUGCAAAGCCCAGAAAAGUUGAAGGGGCGGUAAAGUCUCCUAUAGUCGAAAAAUGCUGGGAAGAAUUGGAUGAUAUUUUGUCAAAACCCCGACCCGACAUUGAACAGAGAAAGUCCAAGUGGGACAGCAGUUGGGACGAUCCAACGAAACCGAAGGGCGCAGAUGAAGAGAUAGAAGAGAAUAUUGAGGUUCCGGAAGAGUUGAAAUCGAAUAAAAAGUUCAAAGAGGUGUUUAAGUCCGACGGCUGGGGAGAUAUGGAUGAGGAUGUAGAAAUCCCUGAUGAAAUGUCAGAGGAAAAGAUUCUCCCUGUAUUAGACAAGCUAUCCUUAGCUGGCGAAGAACAGAACAAAAAUGCCGGUUGGGGAUGGGGUGGAUGGGGCGUCAGUUCAUUGAUAAACACGGCGUCGGCCGGAGUCACUAGCCUAACGAACCAUGUGAGUCACGGAUUGACGAUGCUGGAAGAAAGCAUCGGCGUUCCAGACCCUGAAGAAUUGGCAAAAACUGAAGAGAGCGAGACCGAAGGUAGCAAGACCGAAGGUGUUGCCGACGAAAGAAGUCAACUGGAAAAAGAGCCGUCUGAUACACAAUCUCAAUCAUCAUUUGGUUUUGGUAAUCUGAUGUCCGGUGUUUCUUCUAUAACAAAACUUGUCGAAUCGACAAGUAACAAAGUAAUUGCUGGAGGUUUGGACACGCUGGAAACAAUUGGUAAGAAGACAAUGGAAGUAUUACAAGAUGGAGAUCCCGGACUCAAGAAGAAAAGAGCUUUCUUCACGCAAGACAGUGACAAGCCUAUAUUAUCACAAAUGCUUAGGGAAGCUAAGGACAAAGCAGAAACAGAAGAGAAAACUUUAGAAGAAAAACAAUUGGCUAGAAAAGUACACUUUGAAAGUCUCUUCGAUGACUAUCAGGGACUUGUACAUUUGGAAGCACUAGAAAUGCUGUCUAAACAAUGUGAUAUCAAGAUACAGCAGCACAUGAUCAAUUUAAAUGCCGACGAGUUGUGCUCUGUUCAAGAGACCUUAGAUGAGGUAAAGGAACUGUGUGAUUUGGGAGACGACGACGGAGAUGAUGUACACGAGACUGAUCUUCAGGAAAGAUUGAAGGGAGCUUGUAAAGACCUUGGAGUGACUAUGACUUACGAUAAACUUAUUGACACUUGGGAACAAACAAGGGCCUACCUUUCAACUGUGAUUUCUACAGAGUCAGUGCCUGCUGAUAGAGAAGUGUUUCAACGUGCCAUUUCGACUCUUGCUCAAUUCACAGCACUUUCUGUAGAAAGAUUUCACAAAACGGCAGAAUUACUUCUUGUCAAGGAAAGACGUAGCACUGUAAACGAAGCCGACGCUUUGGUUCAGCUCACCAACAUUUUAGCAGGUGAAGUUGGAGUCAUUGCUAACCUGUUUGCAGACAAGCUGAAUGAGCGUGUUAAACAUUCAGACAAACCAGACGCCACAAAUGCUAAUAUCACCACGAUUUUCCUCGAGGCAGCAAAUGCAAGCUCAUACAUUCAAGAUGCCUUCAAAUUGUUGAUUCCAGUUCUCCAAGUUGGAGCUACAUAGUCUCACCUAUUUUUGUAUAUGUUUUAUAUAGGGUAUAUGAAAUCAAAUUACUAUAAGAUUAAUAAAAAUCAUAGAAGAUUAAGCUAUAUUAUUGGAUGGCUAUCGAUUUUUGAUAUGUACCAUAUUAACUCAUUUUUGACGAAAAAAUUUCUCAACAUAGGUACAAUUUUUACUUCGUAUUUUAAUGGUAACCCAGCUUGACUUUCAUUGCUUUCUUUGUAAAAGAGUCUAUAUAAAAUCAUGAAUAAUAGUUUAGGCCAGAUAAUAACAAAUUAAUCCCUGCACUCAAUCCGUAUGCUUUCAACUAACUCGUAUUAAAAACAAGAAGAAUGUCGAGGGUGUACUUACAAAAGCUUUGAUACUGUUAUAUCGUUACAAAUGUAACAACGUCUAUGAAAUAGUAUAAUAUUUAGAAAUCAUGUUUGUUGGAUAAUAUUUGGUACAGCCUCAGAAGUAGUGUCUCCAUUUUGCACUGUUUAUGUACAGUUAACAAAAUUAUCACUGAUGAAUCAAUAAACAAGAGAGUAAUUACAAAAAGACAUUUUUCAUUUAUUAUAACAAAUCGUUUCCCAUACCGUCAUGUACAAAUUUUACUGCUACAGAUUUACAUUGUACAGGAUAUAAAACUACACAACUGUAUAAUCUACCAACUGUAGAUAAAAGAGCAACGCUCAUUGGCUUUAUCUAAUAAUUUGUUUCACUUUUCAUACGACGAUAUAAACUGUGCAUCUAUUUAUCUCGAAGAUAUUAUGCAUUUUCUCUGUCACAUGAGAGCUUAUUGAAAUAGGGUGUGGUAAAGCAUAACUGCAGUAUGUCGCAAUAGAAAAUCUGGACACGUCUGAUGAAUCAAGUAAUAUUCAAGUUGUAACAAAGAUAAUAAAAUACCAAAAGUCAAUUUUUCAAAUUAGCAAAUGGAUGAUGCGGUGUUGAAUACAAAGAAUGAGCCGCUUCAUGUUUCGCAGUGAUUUUUUUGUUUUUUACAGCAAAUGAAAUGUGCUUAAAACCAGUCUUAUUACGCACUUACAUUACUCGCAAAACAAAACUCUUGACAUGAUAAGACUUUGUCUACUAAGAAAAUUAAGUGUACAAAAAGAUACGAAAACAACUAUUAUUCACAGAUUCCCUUAUGACCCUCGGCAUUCAUGCGAGUUUGCUUCUCAUUAAAAAUACAUUUGCCCAAUUCGAAUCGUAAAUAUGAAAGUAUCGAAUUUGUUUCUUCGUAAGUCCACUUUGAUUAUGUUUGGGAUUUAAUUACAGAUUUUUCGACUAAAAAAAUGACAAAUAAAUUAGUUUCGAUUUUUUUUUUUCUUCGGAUAUCCCUAAGAUUCAUGAUUUUACAUAUUUUUGACUUUUAGACAGGUACUCAUACCGAGCACACGUUUGGUCCUUCCAAUACUGUAAUACCCCUUAUUACAUCCAAUUUCUCGGGAUAAAAAUCCAUGAAACAAUAUUUUCCAGUAUACAAUCGUUUCAUCUAGAUUUUAUGCGACGAAUGUAAUACCAAAAUACACUUAGAUUUUUUUUCAUCAACUUUAAUGCUUAUGUCUCUUGUUACCAGUUGGUGGUUUUUGAAGUUGAAAACUGAAGUUGGAGUCUGUUGCUGAUAGGGAAGUUGCCAAGUUUGACGGUGUGUUAAAACUCAAACCUGUUGCUGGUGGUUUGGCAGACGCACCAACUGAAAUACUACUGGCUGUUUGUAAUGACGUUGCAUUACCCCAAGCUGAAACAAUUUCAUUAUUACAUCGCCUCUAGAAAGUAUUACAAAAUUAAAUUUACACACACCUUGAGGGCAGUAAACUACCUUUUAAGCUCUCCGAAAAUAGGAAAAAAAAUGUCAGCGUAUAUAUUAAAACCGUUAUUACAUUUCUGUAUUGAUUUGUGUUCCAUAAAAGAAAGGCAGCCUCCAUAGGUAUCCCAUUACUUGAUUUAAAAUAAAUACAAUCCCCCUUACUUAAAACGACAUAACAUUACUUUUACGAAGCACAUUGCAUUAUUACAUUUCUGUAUUGAUUUGUGUUCCAUAAAAGAAAAGCAGCCUAGAUAAAUAUCCGGUUACAUUGAUUUA